UUGGGUAUGCUUACGUAUGUUGCAAAGGCCAAAGCGAGGAGAAACGGAGGAUGAUAUACUGCUUCAACAGCGUGAAUUUUUAGCGUCGAGAAGUCAGGCAGCGGCUAGACAAGGGACGCAUUACCAUGCGGGAGAAAAAUUGACGUUAUCCGGGACACGCGAAGACACGAGCUGCAAGAGUAGAGAUGUUGUAGACCUUAGUAUUUCGACGCAGAGAGGCGGCCCACCUCGUAAACGCUCAAAAUUCAAAGAGGAACGUUCAGAUGUGAUUGAUGACGAAGCAGCAGAUUUUCUGGACACUCACGACUGCCACGUCACUAAACUUCUAGCUGACGUUAUCAAGGAACGUGAUGUAAACAACAUCAGAACACACGAACCUAUUGGCACAAGGCACGGGUUUCCAUCUGUAGUUGUCCUUGACAGAAACUCCAGGGGUAGCAGGUCAAAGAGUAAGAAGAGUUUGUUUGCUCUUCACUUUGAACAAAAUGGAGGAGUUGAGUUUGGAUUACCUGAUUCUCUGAUGGCUCCGAUAACGAACCCUUCUAUUGAAACAACUUUAACUGAAAAAACUCAAUUCGACGGUGGAAUGGAAUAUCUAGACUUUGAAAAUAGUAGUUCUUCAAGUGGACAAGCUAUAAGUAAGGAAGAGAUGGCAAAAAUACGUCAGGAAAACAUGCAGCGUGUGGCUAGUAUGUCGUCAAUGGAAAUUGCUCAUCACCAGGCAAAGCUGAAAGCGACUUUGAGUCCAGAUUUGGUAGCCUUCCUGUCUACAAGAGGAAAGAAGAAAGAAGGCGAUGCAGUACCACCAACACCGAAAGACACUGGAGUGGAAUGUAGAAGCGCUAAUGACAUUUCCAUGAUAGAAGAAACUAUAGAACACAGUGACACACAUGCCAGUCACGAGUGGAAAGAACUACCUACAGAAACGAGAGAACUAAAGGGUUUGGCAAACAAGCACCUUUGGUUGAAUAUGAAAACAGCAGAAGUGGAAAAGCUGGAGUGGAUGGCAGAUGUCAAUGACAAAGCAGCUGGUGACAAAGAUGCAAUUGUUCGAUUUGGCCUUGAUGGUUCACUGAUUCCUAGAUGUGUUGAACUACCUGUGUCUCUUGGUUUGCAUCAUCAUGGAGCCAAUCCUCAAGCUGCAGGUUACAGUCUGGAGGAGCUGUUUACAAUGAUUCGUUCCAGUGUGAUUCAACAGAGAGUGUUGGCUUUACAAGUGGUUUCCAAAAUACUAACCAAAGCAUGGUGUGGUGCAUUUGUUGAUUCUGUUAAGGGCAAUGUGCUGCAGAAUCUUGUGGAUGCUGGGUUGCCAGUAGUUCUUCGUUUCUCACUUGAUGACCCUGUAGAGGCUGUUAGCUUGGCAGCUGUUCAAUGUCUUCAUUCUCUACUGGUAGAAGGCAAUUUGGAAGACUUGAUGGAUGUUGUGGCAUGCACAUGGUGUGGUCUGUUUUCUCCAUCUCUUCAAGUCACCAAGUCACCUACUGUUACUGUGAACGACAAUUCUGGCAGACCAACAGAAUUUGAAAUAAUUCAGCAUGACCUCGUAUUAGGACUUUUGCGAAUGGAUCUUCUUCCUCGUUUGCGCUACUUGCUAGAAGUUUUUCAUUUACCUCCACCAUUGGUCAUCUCAGUGUUAGAGAUACUCACUCGCAUUGCAAGACAUUCAACACAUGCCGCAUCUAGAGUUGUCGAGUGUCCGCGGCUACUGGACACUGUUAUAGAUCAGUUCUUGCCUUGCAGUUGGAGAAACCCAGACGAGUUGCCCUUGAGUGAUGCAUACGGUAUGCCAUUAAGUCAAGCCGUCAAGCUGGUGUCUGUACUCUGUGCUGCCAGUAGGAGUAUAGCCAGUAAGCUGAUGAGUCGUGCUGGUGUCGUCAAUGCAGUGAUGCGAUACAUUUCUCAACAACCAAGUCAGAUGAAUUUACCAUUUUCUGAAGCACUUCAGUUAGCCCUUCACAGUUACAGGACCAUGCAAGCGUGCAUCACCUACGGAAUUGCUACUCAAUGUGUUAGUGAUCUCUAUCCCAUUCUAAUGCAACGUCUCCUUGAGCUAAACCACGUGUUGGGUCAAUACCUGCCUAUGCCUGGUACAUGCAGUGAAUCCAGGCACACGUCGGCGUCAUCACUCUACCUCAAUAUUGCCAUUCUCGGGCUUGUGGAGGCUUGUGUACAUGUUGGUGCGGUCACAGCAAAUCAACUGCAUUCACAGAAGAAUGGUGUGGAGGAGGAAUUUCCGUGUCCGAAAUUGAGCUGGCAUCAGGUUAUGAGCAUGCUUGACCCUCUCAAAUUGGCCAUGAAAAGUUUAGGUCAACGGCUGAAGCACCAGGAAAUGGAGCUGCUAAAGGAUGGUACGGUGUUGUUGUUUUGUGGGAGACUGUUCAGUGUCAUUGCUGUCUAUUACCGCCACUUUUCAUCCAUAACUAGGUCGAUGGAUGUUAUAGACUCUCUUUCCGAACUGGAGGAUCUAAUCGAGACUCUGCUACUUCCGAUCAUCAACGGGCAGUCGACCAAAGUAGCACUCAAGCUAAUAAUGUCUCUGUCGUCUCAAACUGAAUUAUACUGCCAACUUCUCUCUCACGUCUCUAUUACGACGUUGCCAUCUCUGAUGGCCUCGUCUGUAGUCCCUCCAACCAUUCGAUUUCUCGAUGCACAACAGUGGCUUGGGUUUCACAGCUUUGUUUCAGCGAUUUGUCACAUGUCUUCGAAUAUUGUCCAAGUCCAUAAAGGAUGUGCUUUGAAGGUAGCUCGUGCACUAUGCUCAGCUCGUGUGGUAAUCGAGUUCCUCGAAUGUUACUUGCGUGUUCAACCAGCAAGGAUGUCAUCUGAGAAGAGGCUGGCAUUGCACAUUAGAUACUUCCUAGUCAAACUGUUUGUUGACACAUUCAUGAUGAGCAGCGACGGUUCUUUGCAUCAUCUUCUUCACUUGUAUCACUCUACUGCAUUGGAUUUGUUGAGCAAGCUGCAGCCAGGUGAUGAAUAUUUUGUACACAACUUAGUCUCAGAUGUUGUAUUUCGAAGGGAGUUUUUUCAGACAGACAGUAGUGUUGCCAGUCUAUCUGUUGAUCUUGCCGAUUUAUCGGUGGGUUCAAUGCAGGCACUGUCUUUACAACCGAUUACAUUGACUGGAGCCAAGAGAGAAUUAGAAACAAAGUCACUCUUGAAUGAUUGUAUCGAGAACCUGCCAGGGAUAAGACAACUGAUUUUGACGUCAUUACUAACGUCAAUCAGUCAAAGACAAAUGGACCAAUCCAGAGCUCUCGUGUGUGGUUAUCCAUACAAAAUCAGCUCUCUGUUGUUGCCUGAUUUCCAGUCUGUGACGAUGACGACAGAUUGGAUGUUUCAACCUAUUGUUGCAAUUCACAACAGAGCAACAAAACGAAUUGGCAAUGAUACAUUGUCUCGAGAGGAUGUGGGUGUUGUGUGUCAUACCCUUCGUCUCCUGUUGCUCUUGGAGCUUUUGAAACCUGAAGCUGUCCGUCUUGUGACUGUUACUACUCGAUUUACGUGUCUCAUGUGUGUCUUUCUAUCUGGCAGUGAUUUAUUUCUUGAAGAUACUGUUCAUAUUUAUCUGACAGCUCUGUUAAGAUGCUACGCCAGACCAGCUCUACUAAAUAGAAUCGACUUUAGUGAAUCCAUCCCUGGAGUCUCAUCAUUUUAUGAUCUGUAUGUGGCUAUGUUGUCUCAGUAUGCUGCUGUGUCAUAUGGGGAUCCACUGUUUGGAUGCUUUCUUUUGAUUCCUCUUCAACAGCGAUUUAGCUCCUACCUACGCAGAGCUGUAUGGGGAGAAUAUUCUGCCGUUCUACGAAAUUUAGCUAUCCCUCUUAACCAGAUUCCAAUUCCCCUAAAACAUUUUCUAUAUCCUUGUGAGACUGAUCUUGAAUUGUUGAGUCUAUACAGCACGUUGCUCUUUACUGGUGGUAUCAGGAGACAAUGGAGUCCAAUCAUGUACCUAGUUGCUGUUCAUCAUUUAAGUGAAUAUCUGUUUUGUCACAAUAGUGAGAAUGUGGGACAUCACAAUUCUUUGAUGAAUAGAUUGUGCCUGGUGUGCGACGAGAUUGUAUUUAGAGAUGUUGUUCUAUUUGCUGGAGUUGCUGAUUCUGUAGUGAAUGGAUUUACAAUUCAUGAUUUGGUGCCAGAACACAGAGCUGAUAUAAUCAGGAAAUAUCUGAGAGACAAAAAUGAUGACAAAGUAACACAUAUGGUAAAAUCAAGAACCCCUGGACUGUAAAGCUGUACUGAUUUAGAGCCCAAUAGAAGUAACCUUGGGUUUUAUUAUUUUUAAUACAUACCCACUUGUUGGAGCUAGCGCAAGAAAGCCAUUGGAAAAUUUCUUAAUUGUCUUGUUUUGCAACUGAAUGAAUGAAUUUGACUGACUUCACUGUGAGACAA